AUGGCAUCUGCUGUGAUGAUGACAUCUCUUCCACAAUUCAAUGGCCUCAAGCCCAGAAGUAGCAUUUCUGCUGCUUCACCUCUUCAAAGCUUGGUGUCUGUAAAGCCCAUGAAAAGCAGGGGACAGGGAGCUUUAGGUGCACGCUGUGACUUCAUUGGCUCCCCUACCAAUUUGAUAAUGAUUACUUCAACAAGUCUGAUGCUCUUUGCCGGAAGGUUUGGAUUGGCUCCUUCAGCUAACCGGAAAGCCACCGCCGGGCUAAAGCUGGAAGUGAGAGAUUCCGGCUUACAAACAGGGGAUCCCGCUGGUUUCACCCUUGCUGAUACCUUGGCCUGCGGGGUUGUAGGGCACAUUAUUGGUGUUGGUGUUGUUCUAGGCCUGAAAAACAUUGGUGCUCUCUAG